GCUGCCGUCUGGCCCCCCUACGACUUCCACGUCAAAUACUACGACGCACUCAGCCACGAACUGACCGUUACCUGGAGGCAAGGCGAGACGCCAUACUACACGACGCUGGCCCGAAUCCAUACCGACGGCUACGAAGACAGUCAGUUUGACGUGCACGAUGGGAAAACAGAAUUCACGUUUACCAACAUUAUCCCCGGCAACAUCUACAGGCUCAGUGUCAAGGGCGGCGUCUACAAGACAAGCCACGUCUUCUUCGGCCAUGGCGUCAGUAGCCCGCGUGGAAGGGCUGGUGGACAUGUGGUAUAUCCGUGAUGACGGUUCCGUGCAGGGCGAGUCGUGGGACGGUAAAGUGUGGAAGGCGUAUCAGCUAGUCCCCCCCGGGUCAGCCUACCCCACGAGUGGCAUUGCCGCUCUAUCCCGCGUGCCUAACCAGAUGGAGGUGUGGUUCGUCUCACCCAAGGGCGAGCUCAUUGACUGCUGGUGGGUAGAAGACCGCGGGUGGGUGUUUGGCGUGCGAGCUGGGCCCGGCAGCGCUACUGUCAAUUCGCGCAUCGCAGCCGUGUCGCGAUACAACGACACAAUGGAGCUGUGGUAUGUUACCCCCAAAGGCGGCGUUGUUGAUUGGUACUACUACGAAGGUCAAGGCUGGAAGGCAUGGCAGAUUAUCCCUGAUGAUACCGUCUACGCGGGAGCCGGGCUGGCGGCUGUUUCGCGCGCAAAGAACACCAUGGAGCUGUUUGUCGUGCGCAAAGAUGGAAGCGUUCAUAACCAUUACUUCUACGACGGCAGCGGCUGGGGAGACCAGGAAAUCGCAGCAACGGGCUAUGCCGAUCCCGUCAGUCCCAUUGCCGUUGUGUCGCGAUGGCCAAACACCAUGGAACUAUGGUUUAUAGGCUGGGACGGAAGCGUCAAUGACUAUUUCUGGUAUGAGGGAGACCAUUGGAAGGGCUUUCAACUAGCACCUCCCCGCAGCGCGUCCCCGGCUGGCGGCAUCGCAGCCGUCACCCGUAGGUACGGUUUGCUUGAUGUCUGGUGGAUUACUCCUGAUGGCUCUGUUCGCGGCUGUGCUUGGAUCGAGGGUUCCAAGAAGGGCUGGCAAUGCUAUCCUCUGGCGGCAGCUUCGACUGCGUCCAAAGUAAGCGGGCUUAAUGCUCUCAAGCGCGAUAGUAGGACUAUGGAUGUCUUUUACAUUGAUCAGGAUCAUGCUGUUGUUACUAAUUCUUACCAUGUAUACUGGUAUUAGAUGGUAUAUAGAUUAAGUUUGGUUU